UGUUUGCAUAGAACCUAGGCCCUGCAAAAACUUCAUCCGUUAAAAAAAAAAAAACCUGUAGCCCGUCUCUCACAACCCUUACCUUCUCACAAAGUCAUCGCGCCACUCUCUCAAAGCCCUGCAUUCUCUCUCGCCAAGCCAAGCCAAGCCAAGCUUCCCUAGCCACUCUCUUUCAACCCUCUCUGUCAUCGCUCACAGACGCACAAGCGAGGAUCAAGCUUUCAUCUUCAAGUGUAAAGAUUCUUCACCAAACAAGGUAGGGUUUCCUCGUACGAACUCCCGUACAAAAUACUCAUCUGCUUCAACAAGGGUUUUAAACUUCAUAUGAUUGAAGAAACAUGGAGAUCGACCUCAAAAAGAUCGCUUUUGAUUUGGAUUUCCACCCUUCCAGUCCCAUUGUUGCUACUGGAUUGAUCACUGGCUAUGUCCGCUUGUACCACUAUGACCCAGAAUCUCAAUCGCAACCAAAAAAGUUAAUCAGAGUCAAGGCUCAUCGCAAGUCAUGUAGAGCGGCUAGGUUUAUUGAUGAUGGGCGUGUUAUUCUUACGGCAUCAACAGACCGUUCAAUUCUCGCUACUGAUGUUGAGACUGGGAAAGCUAUUACCCGUGUCGACGAUGCUCAUGAAUCAGCUGUCAAUAGGUUGAUCAACUUGACCGAAACGACAGUUUCUUCAGGAGAUGAUGAGGGAGUUAUCAAGGUGUGGGAUACACGGAGUCGUACUUGUUGUAACUCCUUUGACGCUCAUGAAGAAUUCAUUUCAGACAUGGAAUUCAUCUCUGAUUCUAAGCAAUUGUUGGGAACGAGUGGUGAUGGUACACUUUCAGUUUGUAAUCUACGGAAAGAUAAGGUACAAGAGAAGUCCGAGUUCUCUGAAGAUGAACUGCUAUCUGUAGUCGUGAUGAAGGUUGAUCAUACUUGGUUGAUUGAAUAGUGGUGGCUCUCUUCUUCCUUUUGUUGAUUUUCUUGCUUGGAAAUGCAACAAGUAAUUACGAUCCUACUGCUUUGUGUAUUUUUGCCCCAUUU